UCACCGAAGAAGAAGACACGACGGAAGUGCAAUGGAAAACAUGGCGGCGUCCUCUGUUGACACAUUUAGGGCAACUCGAUUACAGUCCCCGACGCUUUCCCAGUGUCCGCACUGACACUUUGGACACAUCGCCGAGCGACAGCUGGUGUUGUAUGUAGUAUGUGGCAAGACAAGUCUCUAAACAUGUUGACCCACUUCCUGAGCUGCUGUAUAACCCUGCAGCCAGUGUGGAGGAGGCGGCCCGGCUGUAGAUUCAUGUCAUCAUCGGGACCCCCGUGGAGGCUCCUGUUCUUUGGCUCUGAUCAGUUCGCUGUGGAAUCUCUAAAACUCCUCACAUCCAGCAGGAGUUCCAGUGAAAGGAUAGUGGAGUCCCUUGAAGUUGUUACUUUGUCUGGUGACGUCCCAGUGAAGAGAUUUGCUCAACAGAACCAACUUCCAGUCCACAGCUGGCCCCCUGACAACGUGGACGGACAGUUUGAUGUUGGGGUGGUGGUGUCUUUUGGCUGUUUACUCCAUGAGAGACUGAUCAACAAGUUUCCAUACGGAAUUUUAAAUGUUCACCCCAGCCUGCUGCCUAGGUGGCGAGGACCAGCACCCAUCUUCCACACCAUCAUGCAUGGUGACACUGCGACAGGGGUCACCAUCAUCCAGAUCCGCCCUCAUAGGUUUGACGUGGGUCCCAUUCUCCACCAGGAGCUUCAUCAGGUCCCUGAGAACUGUACUGCUGAGGAGCUUGGAGCUGCUUUAGCCACAAAGGGAGCACAUCUGCUGAUUGAUACGCUCAUGACACUGCCUGAGAGACUGGCACAUAAAAGGGAGCAAAAACAGACAGGUGCAACCUUUGCCCCGAAAAUCAAUGCAUCCAUGAGCUGGAUAGUGUGGGAGGAACAGACUUGUGACCAAAUUGAUCGUCUGUAUCGUGCCAUCGGAUCUCGGAUACCUUUGAAGACCACAUGGAUGGGCAGGACAAUAAAACUUCUGGAUUUUGUAGGAAAAUGUCACAUUUCAUUAUUAGAUCAAAGACGGAAACUGGUCCCUGGCUCAUUGAGCUAUCAGAAGGAGUCCAACACUCUGGCUGUCUGCUGCAAGGAUGGCUGGGUGGGAUUCAAGGCAGUGCUCCUGAAAAAAAGGCUGACAGCGGCUGACUUCUUUAAUGGCUACCUGCAUCAGACAGUGCAGAAGAAGACACCCUAUCAGACAACCGAAGCUCUGUUUGUCAGCAGAAAACAAGCAACUGAGGAGCAUCAGAUGUCAACGUCAACGUUGUGAUGCAACAACAAUUUGUUUUUUCCUUAAUGUGAACACUGCAGACAUGAUUUUACCUAUUGGAAUUUACUGAAGUGAAUGUGUUACUCUUGUCUGUUUUAAGACAUCUGCAUGUACAG